AUGUCUAACGCUGCCGCUCAAGACCCUCAUCAAGAGCUCAACAAAGCUCUCUCACUUGAAUCUCUUUUCUCUGUCAAAGGUCUCGUGGCCGUCAUUUCAGGUGGUGGGACUGGCAUUGGCUUGAUGUGUACUGAGGCACUCGCGACUCACGGCGCCACAGUAUACAUCACCGGACGUCGUGAAGAGGUAUUGACUAGGGCUGUUAAUUAUUAUCAAAAACAUGUUACUGGUAAGAUAAUUGGGGUUCAAGCAGAUGUCACAUCAAAGGACGAUUUGAAGAGAGUAGUCAAACAAAUCGAAGAUCAAGAGCCAAAUGGAAUUCAAAUCCUAAUCAAUAAUGCAGGAAUUUCAGGUCCUUAUACUGAUGUAUCACCAAAUAAAUCAGCCCAAGAAUUAGCUGAAAAUCUAGAAUCUGAUAGCUUUGAAAAAUGGGAUCAAGUUUGGCGUACAAAUGUAUCAGCUAUUUAUUUUUCUACGAUUUGUUUUCUUCCUUUACUUGAGAAAGGAAAGAAAGAACAUUAUCGUAGUGGGGUGAUCAAUAUCACUUCAGUGGGUGGAUUGCUCAAAGUAUCGGCGAAUCAUAUUGCCUACAACGCAACCAAGGCAGCUGCAAAUCACUUGACAAAGAUGAUGGCAACCGAGGUUGGCAGGCUUGGAAUCAGAUUCAAUGCUAUUGCACCUGGUUUAUUUCCCUCUGAGAUGACGUCAAGGAAGCCAAGUGAUGAGUUGGGUGUUCAGCUCAAAUAG